AUGCUGAAGAUGGGAUUCGUACACAUUAGCAAGAGAUUCAACUCUUCUACUGCGUUUACAAAGGAAUAUUUAAACCAGUUGCUCAAGCGUGUUGAUGCUGCUACUACACGGGAAAGACCAAAUAAACCAAAGCCACUUACACGUAUCAAAAAUAAUAGAGAAAAUACUCCAAAGAGAUAUACCAGAGCCCCUGGAUCUUUUAAACGUCCGAAUUUAAUUAACAAUGUAAGUGGCAACCCAAUAGAAGGGCCUGUUAAGCGUAAAACACAGCGGUCGUAUAAUGGAUAUUCUGAGGUCGUAAACAGCAAAGCACCUAGAACCGCUAGUACUCAUGCCAAGUCUAGAUUAUCAGUUUCUAGUGAUAACAAGAAAAAGAACACUGCAUCCAAGAAGAUUCCGGGUAUUUCUAUUAGUAAAAUAGCGCCCAAGCGUAAAAGCCUACCUGAUGCGAGUGCGACUACCUACUGUCCGGAAACCCCUACUGUUCUAUCGCUUUUGAAGUAUCGUGCAAAUUGGAACGGUACCAGUCAUUCGAAGUUGAUCUCUUUUGGUAUUGAAACUUUGAAAGAAUCGAAUUUCCCCCUGAACAGUGAGUUCAAUAACGGCGUUGAUUCUAAGACUGGAGGAAAUACAGUGAACGCUAGGAAGCUCCUUGAGUCAGAAGAAGAUGGGUUGGUUUUAAAAGCCGAACCUUUGACCAAUGAAAUCACUGUAACACCCGACCUGGAGCAAUUGUCUUCUUCCGUUAUUGGAUCAUACCAGGAACUAAAAGCUCUUCAGAGUUCAGAUUUUGUUAAAAUUUCAAAAUCAGAGGCCAAGCGCAAUGAACUAUUAUCUAAUAGCGAGGUGGUUAGACUGAGCUUAGGGAAAUUGAACUUGGAGCCAUCUAAAAAACAGCUCAUGUUGGAUGUAUGUAGCGGUUUGAAACCGGUAGCGGAACUUUACAACUGA